GCGAUCGAUCGUAAUGUCUGCAAGCUCCGCGAUCUUCCAGCGCUGUCUUUUUGUCCCCCACGUGGGCAGGCAGGCGAUGGCGGCGCUGGUAGCUCCUGAGGCUGCGGAGCAGGGCAGCCGAAAAGGCCCUGGCAGAGGUCGGACCACUCGGGGCCGUUUGGCCAAUCAGAUCCCCCCUGAGAUCCUGAACAACCCUCAGCUACAGGCAGCCAUCCAAGCGUUACCUUCCAACUACAACUUUGAGAUCCCCAAGACCAUCUGGAGGAUCCAACAAGCCCAGGCCAAGAAGGUGGGCUUGCAAAUGCCAGAAGGGCUCCUCAUCUUUGCCUGCACCAUUGUGGAUAUCUUAGAAAGAUUCACAGAGGCUGAAGUGAUGGUGAUGGGUGAUGUGACCUACGGCGCUUGCUGUGUGGAUGACUUUACUGCAAGAGCCCUGGGAGUGGACUUCUUGGUGCACUACGGCCACAGCUGCCUGGUUCCCAUGGAUAUCUCAGUCCAAGACUUCCGAGUGCUGUACGUCUUUGUGGACAUCCAGAUAGACACUGCCCACCUCCUGGACUCUAUCAGUCUUACCUUUCCUCCAGGCAGUGCUCUUGCCCUGGUCAGCACCAUUCAGUUUGUGUCAACCUUGCAGGCGGCUGCCCAGGAGCUGAAAGCCAAGUACCGUGUGAGUGUCCCACAGUGCAAGCCGUUGUCCCCUGGGGAGAUUCUGGGCUGCACAUCCCCCCGACUGUCCAAGGAGGUAGAAGCUAUUGUGUAUCUUGGAGAUGGCCGCUUCCAUCUGGAGUCUGUCAUGAUUGCCAACCCCAGUGUCCCUGCUUACCGAUAUGACCCCUACAGCAAAGUCCUAUCCAGAGAGCACUAUGACCACCAGCGCAUGCAGGCUGCUCGCCAGGAAGCUAUAGCCACUGCUCGCUCAGCCAAAUCCUGGGGCCUUAUUCUGGGCACUUUGGGCCGUCAGGGCAGUCCAAAGAUCCUAGAGCACCUGGAAUCUCAACUUCGAGCCUUGGGACUUCCUUUCGUGAGGCUGCUGCUCUCUGAGAUCUACCCCAGCAAGCUCAGCCUAUUUCCUAGGGUGGAUGUGUGGGUGCAGGUGGCGUGUCCUCGCCUCUCCAUUGACUGGGGCACAGCCUUCCCCAAACCACUGCUGACACCCUAUGAGGCAGCCGUGGCCUUGAGGGACAUUUCCUGGCAGGAUCCCUACCCCAUGGACUUCUACGCCAGCAGCUCCUUGGGGCCAUGGACAGUGAACCACGGGCGAGACCGAAACUCCCACGGCCCUGCAGGCCCUGCAAGACCCGCCGGGAAGGUGAAAGAGGGGUCCACGCGCCCCGCUCCGGAAGGUGCUUGUAAGGAUUGUAACUGCAAAGAAGAGAAGGUGGUGCCGCCGGCUCCCUGAGAAGCUCCUGGGUUCCAGAGACCUGUCCCCUGGAGGAGCAGCCUCGAGGCUGGUGGUUUUCAGAGGAGGCAGACGUUUUCAGCGCCCUCGAAGAG